ACACACCGGGGACUGAAUACUCAGAGGUGCUGUAUUUACAUAUCGCUCAAGACCUCUGUCGAGGCUAUCGAGCAAGCGUUAUCGUCAGUGUGUUGUGUAGAAGUGGACUAAAUUUAUCUGGCAGCUGACGUGGACUCUUACAGGAAAAUAUGGCGUGUUCAUUCAUUAUGGUCCGGAAGCUUGUCUAAAUACACAGAGUACAAUGGUGUGUGGAUCGUCUCAGACCGCUAGUGUCAACUUCUGUUUUGGUUUGGCUAUUGGACUGGUCAUUGCCUUUGUGGUAGCCAGUCUGACGUCACUUCAGACGCCAGUGUUGAUGGCGAAAUAUGCCGAAAAAAUAGACAAGUUUCGGUAUAUUACUGCAGGCGGAAAUGACGUCAACAAAACUUCCCAAGACGGGCAUGAAAAUGUGCACAAGGACGAGGAGAAAUUCCACGAAGAAAUGGAGAAAAAUAUUGGCAAAGUAAAACAAGUUGACUUCGACGACUCUCAUUUCCAUAAAGAUAACGACAAAGUGGCUAAGGAGCUAGAAAAGAAAAUCCGCGUGUUGUGUUGGGUGAUGACGAGUCCACAGAAUUUGGAUAAAAAGGCAAUUCAUGUCAAACGCACGUGGGCCAAACGGUGUAACGUUUUAGUGUUUAUUAGUUCCACAACAAAUACCAGCUUCCCUACCAUUGGACUGGACGUCGCUGAGGGACGGGAACACCUUACUGCCAAAACAAUGAAAGCUUUUAAAUAUGUUUACGACACACAUUUUGAUGACGCCGAUUGGUUUGUUAAAGCAGACGAUGAUACAUAUAUGAUCCUAGAAAACCUUCGUUAUUUCCUACAGUCCUACUCAAAGGACGACCCUGUAUAUUUCGGACACCACUUUAAGACUAUAGUAAAACAAGGGUACUACAGUGGAGGGGCGGGGUAUGUCCUAAGUAAGGAAGCGCUCCGGCGACUCAAUGAAAAGGGCAAAGACCCAAAAGUUUGUCGCCAAGAUGGCGGCGCGGAGGACGCUGAGUUAGGGAAAUGUAUGGAGAAUUUAGGCGUCAGAACUGUUAAUUCUACAGACGCUUUAGGACGAAGUAGAUUCCACUGUUUCGAUCCGGAAACACAUUUAUUUGGAGGCUAUCCAGAUUGGUACUAUAAAUACGAUGCUAAUGGGGCUAAAAAGGGUACAGAGAGUAUCAGUGAUUACGCCAUCUCGUUCCACUACGUACCACCUCAGAAGAUGUACGCAUUGGAGUUUUAUAUCUAUCAUUUACGUCCGUACGGCCUAGAAUCUGGCCACCAGGAUCUCAAUGUGCCCCGGCGCUAGUCCCUGCGUAUUAACAUCCAUCAUGUGACAUAUUACCAUUACAAUACGUAACACCUUAAAUGUUCUAGUCCUCGUUGUACGGCGUACCUGUAGUGUCACCGUAAAGAUGGAGUUGACAUAACAGGAGUGUCAAACAGUUUAUAGAACAGUGUAAUCAGCCAAGCUUAACACGAAUUGUCUUUAAAUAUCCACACCAAAGCAACAUUUCACUACUUCAAAGAUUUGAGAGAUCCUUAGAGACAUUCUAGGUUGAUGACCAUCAGCUGUCAAAAGAAAUAUAAAAUGUCGAUUAAAGAAUUAUGGCAAGCAUAGUUCGAACUGGAGUUUAUGAUGGUCGCAAUUACGACAUCUAGGUCAACAUUUUAAUAUCUAAGUCAAUUUUACGCUAUAUGUAUGUGUAAGUCGAUAUUACGACACGUGUAUGAGUAAGUCGAUAGUAUGGUAUAAUUUCUUCGGUACUCGCUUCUUUUCCUAAACUGACUCUUUGGACCCCACACGAAUGAAAACUGAAGAUACAAUCGUAUUACUGAGGAAAAGUCACAAUUUUUAUUGUCGUGUAUUAAUUAAAUUAUAAUUAUGUUUUAUUGUUAAGCUGCAAUACAGUGUCACAAAUAUCAUCUUUUGUGUAAUUGUUAAACGUUAUUAUGAAUAUUGCAUUCAAAUCUAUUCGAGUGUAAUUAUAGGUUGAAUUAUAUAUACGUUUGUGUGAUUUCGAGUCAGUGCUAGGUGGGUGUGUGAUUGUGUAAUAUAAGUUUGUGUGAUUUCGAGUCAGUGCUGGGUGGGUGUGUGAUUGUGUAAUAUAAGUUUGUGUGAUUUCGAGUCAGUGCUAGGUGGGUGUGUGAUUGUGUAAUAUAAGUUUGUGUGAUUUCGAGUCAGUGCUAGGUGGGUGUGUGAUUGUGUAAUAUAAGUUUGUGUGAUUUCGCGUCAGUGCUAGGUGGGUGUGUGAUUGUGUAAUAUAAGUUUGUGUGAUUUCGAGUCAGUGCUAGGUGGGUGUGUGAUUGUGUAAUAUAAGUUUGUGUGAUUUCGAGUCAGUGCUAGGUGGGUGUGUGAUUGUGUAAUAUAAGUUUGUGUGAUUUCGAGUCAGUGCUAGGUGGGUGUGUGAUUGUGUAAUAUAAGUUUGUGUGAUUUCGAGUCAGUGCUGGGUGUGGGUGUGAUUGUGUAAUUAGCGUUUACCGUGGUGUGUGGUCGUGCGAGAGGUGUGUAGAUGUUGACCAAGAAAUUCUGCAACAUUGCCAGAAGUGUUUUAAUGUAGUAAUAUAUUUUAUUUAAUGUUUAGUUAUAGUUAUAGAAUUACGAUGCGUUCACAAAGUGUUCUUAUGUAGUAUAUAUAGCAGAAGUGCCUUCUGAAUUACUUGUAUAUGCAGCACAGGGGUAACAAGCCUGUACCGACUAUGUACACACGUGUUUUAGUAUGUUAUUGCAAGGCGAGGCGCUUACAACCUAUUACCCGUUAAAGACUCUCUAUGUUUUUGUUUACUAAUAUGAAACUUGUAACAAACAUUCAAUUUCAAAACAUUUUAUUGACACAAGGACAAUAGGAUUGGACAGCAGGCAAAGCCUAUAUAAGUCCUCUCCCAAAACAGUAGCAUACACAAUGGUACAAACAUGGACAUAAUAUAACACAUUACAUAUUAAAAUCUCAAUGCUUAACAAACAUCUAAAUAUAGCACGUAAACCAACACUGAUGGUUCCGAGUUUACAUCUCCGAAUGAUUAACAGAAGAAAACCCUGGUUUUGUUGAUCAAAUGAUGAGAAGAUUCACUUGACAGAUCUGACGUUAAUCUGUAAGUCUAGUUUGUUGUGAUUUUACCCCAUCCUUUCUUGUCUUCGUGGCAGCAACCAGUUCGUCAGAUCGACUUUUAAUUUUUGGUGCGCAUGCGUGCAUAUCAUAUUUGAUUUGGCUCAUCCACAUAUAGAGAGUAGACCACCGCAUAAUUAGAGAUCCACUGUUAUCACCGAGUACUGGGUAGUUUCCGGAUUUUAAUUGCAAUUGUAAAGAACUGCGGUGUUGGUGGUCCUAUAAUAUUAUCAUUUUUUUAUCAUAUCUAUAACAUUUUUUUUUGUGAUUUUGACAAAGUUUAUAUAUUACGAUAACAUAGUGAGGUUUGAUGGUGAUCUACAGCAUCUGUGUGCUUUAAUAAACUCUCGCAUCGGAAGUUAAAGCAAGAGGAGAUAACUCCCAUAUACAAAUUUAAGGUAACCAGUGAUACAGAGGGUUAUACCUUAAGUGUUAUGGGAUGUACAUGUAUGUUGGUUUCUCGUUGUUCAUUUAUUUUAUGUAGGGAUGUGUGUACAUUGUAAUACAAUAUAAUUAUCACUGUGCCCAGUAAUAUAACAACAUUCCAUCUGGUUAAUCGCUUCCCUUUCUAUUCAUUAGCUGAUUAAGAUACUUUGUUUUUUCAUUGCUUUUUUAUUCAGAGGACGUGUUUUUUAAACAUCCAAUCACGUUUCUAUAUUAUCCAAAAGGUUGUAGACAAUUGUAAAUGUGCAGCUUUACCUCUCAGUGUUUUGGGUGUCCAUCCAGAGAUGAUACAUGUAUGUUCGAGUGUACCACGCAAUGUUUCUUGGUGUCCGUCCAGACAUAUGUGUUCGGCAAUAAUGCAAUGAUUGUCACAUACUAUAGAUGUAAACUAUAAAUUUCCACAUCGAUUGAUUCAUUUACAUGUCGAUAACGUAGUCAUUUUCUUCAAGAAAAUUUGCUUUUAGUUUCAAGACUAUAGGCUUCACUCAGAUGAUUUUAUUUAAGUUUGUGUGUAAAUAUACUUAUUAGUGGUAUUUUAAACAUUGGCUGCAAUGAUUCGACAACAUUCUUAUAACGAUGCUAGUGCAGCAUUUAAGCAGGAUUUGCUAAAAACACAUUUUAUUUGUUAUUUUAUUUUUAAGAACAGUAAAACGUAGAUUAUUUAGAUAUACUAGUAUUGAAGAGGGAAAACAAUGGCAAUGACUUCCACACUAACACUAAGAUAGAAUAUAUCUAUUGAGAAAGGGAAGAGGAUUUUCCCUCCUUGUAAGAAAAACGGGGUAGGAUCUAGGUGACAAAGAUUCAUCAAGUACGUACAUAUAUAACAUAUGUCAAUGUUAUAAAGUUUAAUAUAUGAUACUAUAUUCCCUUUUCUGUGUUGAUAUUUUCUUCACAUCAAUUUUAUGUGAUAAACGAUUAGAAAUAACAGAAUAAUUAUGAUUUGUCGCCAUGCAAGUGACGUUUUGUUGACAACAAUGGUUUGAGGGAUGCGGUAAACAGUUCUUUAUUUUCAUUUACUGCUACCAAAAUAAAUAUCAUAUAGAACCGAAA